CCGGAAAACCAAUGUGGCUCCGGUGGUUCCUCGAAGAUCACAGAGCACGCCCAGGCCACCGCUGCAGCAGCAGCAACAGCAGCAACAGGCUGGGAUAAAUGGUCAGAUCAAUGGUACUGGAACCCAGAGACCCAGGAGUUUGGAUCGUUUUCAAUGGUGGCCUACAAACCGAAGCACCACCCAUACCCCUAAGACGUUUUCCCAAUGGAAAUUCGAAUAACAAUGGAACUUUAGGCCGGCAAAAGAGUCCCAAGAAAAGUAGCAGUGCGGAUAAUAUGCUAAUGAGUCCGGCAGGAAGUCAGGUGAAUACUAUGCGACAUUCCAUAAGUUUUCAUGGAAGUCAGGAGUCGGAAAAUGGUACCAAAACUGAACAAACCAGGCCAAUGAGCUAUGCUGCCCCAGCACCAGAUCAGGCCUACUUGGAACACCAGUUGAGAGCCUAUUCCGAGCAACUGAGAACCAUAACGGAGAGUGUAAGAAAGUACUCGGAACAGGCAAAAUUACUAUCGGAGCUUAAAAGACAACAGCAGUUGGCCAAGCAAAGUCAAACGAAUCUCAACCUGCUGACGCCGACAACAACAACGACCUGCAAUAAUAGUACAGGCAACAAUGGCAGCAACAACUUCCAGCCAAAUAUGAUUUCCCCUGAGAUUGUUAGCAAAUCACUGGCCUCACUCUCCACCACUCAAGCCAAUGAGGCCCAAACGCCUUCCAAUCAAUUGCGACUUUUUCUGGACAACAUAAGGAGCAGCAUGCGACAGGAGUACCAGCAACAUAUGCCCGAGGAUGUCCUGAAACCGACGGCAACCUUAAAACGAAAUGGUACAGAUGUGAGUUCAGUCCCGGCUGCUCCAGUUCCAGUUUCUAAAUCAGAACCAGAAGCCACGCCCACGCCCUCGGAUCAACUGAGACAAUUUCUCGAUGCAAUACGCGCCAAUAAAAUACCUGAAAAUGUGGACAAACCCAAGCUGACAAGCUCACAAACUCUCGACUCGUUCAUAUCGAAGCCCUUGCAAAUGCCAGAUGUAACAUCAGGAACGCCAGGUGGAGGUGUAGUGGGUGGAGCAGCUUCUGCCGGAGGAGUGGCUAAUGGUCAGAGUAAUGGCUUACCUACUCGUCGAAGACCGAAGAGUAGCAUAAUACCCGGCAGCAGUAAUGGAAAACUAGAGCAACGUGAACAUUCCUUGGUGACCUCGGAAAGCUUCCAUCAAAUAUCCGACAAUCUGAGACUCAUGAGCGAGGAUUUGCAGGCACUGAGUCCCAGCAAGGCAGUUCCCAGUUCGGCCAGCAGCAAUAGUCUCAAGAAUCUGGCUGCCAAUGGGAAUAGUUCGCUGACCACAGAACUGCGGGUCAUAACCAGCUCACCAUAUAGCACCUCCCCGAAACUACAACAGAUGGUGAUGAGCAAGUCGAACAGCUCACUGGGAUCAGUGACCACGCCCUCUAGUGCCACUACCACGCCCUCAACGGCACCCAUGAUCACUGAUUUCAAUGAGAUCCUGGAUAGUUUUCAGGCCAUGGCCGAUAAGUACAAAUCGAAAGGUUCCUACGACUAUUUGCGCAAGUGCUCGGAGGCCCUGCGUCAGCACUCGUUGCAAUUGAAGUUGCAACAGCAACAUCAGGACACACCAGCAGCAACAACUGUCUAACCAUCAGCAACAUCAGCAACAGCAGCAGCAACAGUUGCAGAACGGUUUCACCAGCGAUGAUAGUAGUUCUUGUAGUACAACUCCUGGUAGUAUCCGGGAAGCGGU